AGACUUGUAUAAAUUCACCGGUUCUGCGCAUAUGCGCAGUUGUUCAUUCCUACUGUGUAUUCACUUUUAGGUUUUUUCCAAAAUUCACUUAAUUGUUGAUAUUAAUAUCUAUUGUUAAAUUAUAAAUUAUUUGAAAACUUAUAAACAAAAUAGGACACGUGGUCAUUUUAGUGUUGAUUCAUUUUUUUUGUGCUUACCAAAUUAUAAUGGCGGAUACGAGUUCAAAACUAAAUUAUAACCUUCCAUUUGAAAAUAAAAAUUAUACUAAUUGUUAUAGUAUUGAAUCAUAUAAUUAUAAAAUAAAAUUAGUGCCGCAUAUUAAAGAAAACGAGCUGACCUUUGAUGGAGAAGUUUCCAUAGAUUUUAAAAAUUCAAUAGUGAGAAGUUGGAUUAAACUGAAUGCUAAAAAUUUGGAUAUUGUUGAAAAUGUUAUUUUGAAAAAAGAUAAUGAAGUUUAUGAGUCAAGUGACUAUACCAUCACUAUUAAUGAUUCUGAACAUGUAUUGACUAUAAAUUUCGAUAGAGAAAUUGCACUUGAUAAUUAUAAUUUAUAUAUUCAGUAUAAAAGUCAUGGUCUUGACAGUAGUAAGGUUUUGAAACAUGUGAAUUAUUUUGAUAAAUCUGGAAAAAAACAAUGGAUAUUACUGAGUGAUUUUCAAAAUGGAGGAUUAGAUGAAUUGUUUCCAUCUUGGAAAGAUGAUUGGUGUUCUUCAAAGUUUGAAUUUUCCAUUAAGCAUAAUAAAGAAUAUAAGGUAUUAUUUAAUGCGCCGGUAAAGGAAAUAGUAGCAGCAGAGGAUUCGAAUUCUGUGUGGACAAUUUUUAAAAAAACUCCAAAUUUAAUUCCGAAUAAUUUUGCAUUCAUUGUUGGAGACUUAGAAUAUUUGUCUCCGCACGAUGAUGAUUUAUUCAAACUUUGGUUCCUUAAAAAUACAAUUGAUUGUGAAAAUAAUGACAUCAAAAUUGUGGAAAAAUUGUGGAAAGCACUUGAAGAUGUGACUGGUGUAACUCGUAAAGAGCAUAAAUACAACAAGUUGGAUGUUGUCGUUUUGCCGGAAUUUAUUAAAAUUAAAAGAUUUAACUGGGGACUCUGUACCGUCAACGAUGUAAGUAUUGGGUUUAAAGAAAAUAUCGAUAAAACCGAAAAAAUCACAACAAUUACAGAUCUAGCAUUUUCAUUUAUCGAUCAUUGGUUUGGUAAUCUUAUUCAAUCUGUCACUUAUGAUACAAAAAGACUCUUAUGCUAUGGUCUACGUUCUUAUUUAGCUCAACUAAUAGUUGAUAAGAUUGAUAAAAAUGCCCAUUCUAUUGAUCGAUUUAUCAAUGAUCAAGGACAAGAAGGAAAUUGGAAUGAAUUUCAUUUUAAUUAUAUAUCACGUACAAUUGAAAAUGUUCUGGGUAAAGACAACUUCCGAGCGGCUUUGAGAAAUUAUAUAUUAAAUAAUGAACCUAAAGAUCAGAUAGUCAGUGAGCUUUCCGAUGAAAUUGCAAAAGCAUCUGGAGACAGAAAAGAAUUUAUGGAAAAAGUUUUGAAAAAUUGGAAUACUUUUUCGUCCUUUCCCACACUCACGGUCACUCGUAAUUAUGAAAAAAAUAAAGCGAUUGUUACACAAGCACGAUUUUUAAAUAAUCCGGAGUUAGAUUGGAGAUAUUGGGUGCCAUUGAAUUGGGCGACUCAAGACGAACCUAAUUUCGAAGAUACAUCAGUAACUCAGUGGUAUGAUGGUGAUUUUAUGAAAACCGAAAUUCCGGUUACGGUUGCUGAUGAUCGUUGGAUAAUUAUAAACAAACAACAUUUUGGUACCUAUCGCGUAAAUUAUGAUGAAAAAAAUUGGAAAUUAAUAAUAAAUUAUCUGAAAACUGAUGAUUAUUCAAAAAUUCAUCUCUACAAUCGUAUUCAGCUGAUUAACGAUGCAUUUACUAUCGCCGAUUGGGGAUUUCUGGACUACAGUAUACCUUUUGAACUAUCGGAGUAUCUUACUCGUGAAACAGAAUUCGCUCCAUGGGCAGCAUUUUUGCAUCAUAUUGAGCAGUUGUAUUAUGAAUCACCACUACGUCAUUCCGAAUACUUCGAUAAUUUCAAGAAAUAUGUUUUGAAGCUGACUGAUAAAUUAAAAAAACGGAUCCUACUAGUGGAUGAAGCCGAUGAUGAUUUUAUCACACGGCUUUUAAGAAUUUCUUUGGUGAAUGUGCGUUCCAUUUUAGGGUCAAGUGAUGAAGGAAAUUAUGCGUUUACCAAACUUAGAAAUUGGCUCGAUGAUCCUGAUAAAUAUCCAAUUUCUGCAGACAUGAAAGUUGUGAUUCUUAACAGCGGAAUGAGAUUUGCAGAUGAAGAUACUUGGAAUAAAUUAUGGGAAAAGUUUAAUGAAAUUUUUAAAAGUCCUAGAAAUGAAAUUAUGUCAUACAAUAUUAUUAUGAAAUAUUUAACCUUUAAAAAUGAAGAGCUUCUUCAUGCUCUGUGUUGCGUUUCAAACAUUGAAUUGAUGAAAAAGUUUGUAACAAUGAUCAUGUCGAAUACUAUAGAGGACAUAAGUCAAUCGCAAUUCUUUGAAAAACUUUACCGACUGAAUGGAAAUGCCGUUGAUGUUGUUUUAGACAUGGAUUUCAAUUCCACUACAGCUGACGGAAGUAGUGUGUUUUAUCCAGAAAUUAUAUGCGAGGCUACUCGAAAUCUCGUAUCAUUUAUAAGAACCGAUGAUCAUCUACAAAAAUACAAUCUAAUGUCAACUCAGUCAAUUGAGGGUGAAACAUUUAUAAGUCGUAUUAAUGCAACUUGUGCGGCAAAAUCCAACGAAAAAUCCAACGAAAAAUUAAAUAAAAUGAAAAAAUUUUUGGUAAAAAUAAAUUGAUCAAUUUAAUUGACACUACUGCCAAUCAAUUUUUAUACUAAUUAAAAAUAUAUUUUCUUAUUGUGAAAGAAUAAUGUAACAGUAAAUAUAUU